AUGAGAAAACCUACCGCCGCUCAACUGGCCCUUUUGAUGGCCUCAGUCGCUACAGCGGCCGAGACUACAUGCGCUAUCGACUGUUUCCAGGGCCUCAUCACAAAUGGCCCUCCAGCAGAUUGCAAGGAAGCCACAAACUACCUCUGCUUCUGCACCAUGCCUACACUUCAGGAAAACUUCUCAAAAUGUGCUGACACGAGCUGUGGCGACGACAAGAGUGCUGCCAUAACUUGGGCAAAUGAUCUUUGUGCUAAACUCGGAAAGCCUGUUGAUCUUGGACCUGGAGAGGGUGCUCCAAAAACCGAUGCAACUACUGCUGUUGAUGCACCUGUUAGCACGGCCAAAGAAACUACACAGACUACUCAGGCCGAGACUACUAUUCCAGAAGCCGCGCAGACCACCGCGACCGAGGCUGAAAAGACGGAUUCCAAGGCCAAAGAAAAUUCCAUCGAGACCUCUGUGCUAUCUGAGACUUCAGAGGAGACUUCCGAGACUUGCACCACGGAGACAACAAUGACCAAGACUGAGACCACAUUCGCCAAAGCCACGACAGCUGAGGGGACAGCUGUUACCACAGACGAGAGCGGAUCUAUUGGUACAGUCACAGGAAGUGGAGAAACCGCAACCGCAUCCUCGGAUGCUGAGACUAAUGCUGGAUCUAUCCAGAACCCUGGAUUCUUGGGUAUUGCUGGUGUUGUGGCUGCUCUGUGGCAGUUUGCGUAA